UGGCGGACGUCCGUCUGGAAUCUAUUUUGAUGGAGGGGAAGGGGGGGGUGCCACCCAGUCUGCCCCAGAUCACGUUUGCCAGCAACAGCCAACCAGUCUGGCCCAAGUCUGCGGGCCAGAAGCGAUUGGGGGCAAGUGAGCUCUUCCCCCCCACCACACACACACCAGGCCCAGUCCGGGUCUUCGCUACCCGGCCGCCCUGUCCCUCGUGGAAGUGGAGCGGCGGCCUCCUGAAACGCAGAAGCGAAAUGUAGCCAGCCGGGGUAAGGGGGUGUCGCGGUUGGACGCUCACCUUGGCUGCGGGUGAGGAGAGGAGGGGGCGCUCGCCGGGCCGAGACGACCACCAAGGAGGAGGAGGAGUGAUGAGAAGAGGGGGAACCCUGCUUCCCCCGAGACCGCGGGCCUCUGCUGCCACUCGUCCGGUGCCCCCCUUCCGCACAAGCGAGGGGCAGGUGUUCCACACAGAUUCUCGUGACUUUAAGAUCCAGAGCUUCAGGGAGGCACGAGGUCUUCCCAGGAAAGGAGCAGAUUUCUGGAAGGGCCUAGAAAGCCGACAGACCCUGCUGUGGGAGCAGCCGCGUCCAGAGAACCGUAGGGAGCCAACGGAGCCGAGAGCUGCGAGUGGGCAAGAGUCCCAGCCCCAAGCUGUGGCUGUAUUCUGAAAGAUUGCAACUCAAGCUCUUGUCACACAAGAGGGGCCACUUCCCAGGGCACCCCCUUAUCUCUGGAUUCCCUGUGUUCUAACCUGCUGCUGAAAACCAAAGAAGAAAUCAGGCACCAGGCUGGGCGGCGGGACUAGGGCCUUUGCACCCCUAGUGGGUAGCUGGGGACUCUGGCCAGGGGGACUCUCACUUCCCAUCACCUUGCGGCCUCAGUACUUGAUGGGGCCGCCUGUUGGCGGAGCAGUUUUUGCACUGCCUGGUAGGAGACGAGAGCCUGGGGGAGAGGUCCUGUGGUGCUCAAGCCUGGGGUCACCCCAAGACUAAGCCUUUCCCCAAGUCAAGAAGAAGGAAAGCAACAAAAAGAGAGGCGUGUUCUCUCCAUUCCCCCAUCCCUCCUGCCUGUCAUGUCCACUAAGCCAGAAGCCAAGGACGCCCACCAGCGCAACGGGACUGGCCCGCCCCCCUCUCCCUGCUCUUCUGAUGGCCCAGGGCCCUUGGCCACUGGGCCUUCGGAGUUCCUGGGGCCUGAUGGGGCCGGGGUGGAGGUGGUGGUGAUUGAAUCUCGGGCCAAUGCCAAGGGGGUUCGAGAGGAGGAUGCUCUGCUGGAGAAUGGAAGCCAGAGCAACGACAGUGAUGACGUCAGCACAGACCGCGGCCCUGCGCCACCCUCGCCGCUCAAGGAGACCUCCUUCUCUAUCGGCCUGCAAGUGCUCUUUCCCUUCCUCCUGGCAGGCUUUGGGACCGUGGCUGCUGGCAUGGUGCUGGACAUCGUGCAGCACUGGGAAGUCUUCCAGAAGGUGACGGAAGUCUUCAUCCUGGUGCCUGCGCUGCUGGGACUCAAGGGGAACCUGGAAAUGACCCUGGCCUCUAGGCUGUCCACGGCAGCCAACAUUGGACACAUGGACACCCCCAAGGAACUCUGGCGGAUGAUCACGGGGAACAUGGCCCUCAUCCAGGUGCAGGCCACAGUCGUCGGCUUCCUGGCAUCCAUUGCAGCUGUUGUCUUCGGCUGGAUCCCUGAUGGCCACUUCAGCAUCCCACAUGCCUUCCUGCUAUGUGCCAGCAGUGUGGCCACAGCCUUCAUUGCCUCGCUGGUGCUGGGUAUGAUCAUGAUUGGGGUCAUCAUUGGCUCUCGCAAGAUUGGGAUCAAUCCAGAUAAUGUGGCCACACCCAUUGCUGCCAGCCUGGGGGACCUCAUCACCUUAGCAUUGCUGUCAGGCAUCAGCUGGGGACUCUAUCUGGAACUGAGUCACUGGCGAUACAUCUACCCGCUGGUGUGUGCCUUCUUUGUGGCCCUGCUGCCUGUCUGGGUAGUGUUGGCCCGACGCAGCCCAGCAACAAGGGAGGUGUUGUACUCGGGCUGGGAGCCUGUCAUCAUUGCGAUGGCCAUCAGCAGCGUGGGAGGCCUCAUCUUGGACAAGACUGUCUCAGACCCCAACUUCGCAGGGAUGGCUGUCUUCACACCCGUCAUCAAUGGCGUCGGGGGCAAUCUGGUGGCAGUGCAGGCCAGCCGCAUCUCCACCUUCCUGCACAUGAAUGGGAUGCCAGGGGAGAACUCGGAGCAAGCCCCACGUCGCUGCCCCAGUCCUUGCACCACCUUCUUCAGUCCUGAUGUGAAUUCCCGCUCUGCCCGGGUCCUCUUCCUCCUCGUGGUCCCAGGGCACCUGGUGUUCCUGUACACCAUCAGCUGUAUGCAGGGCGGGCACACCACCCUCACCCUCAUCUUCAUCAUCUUCUACAUGACAGCUGCACUGCUCCAGGUGCUGAUUCUCCUGUACUUCGCAGACUGGAUGGUGCACUGGAUGUGGGGCCGGGGCCUGGACCCAGACAACUUCUCCAUCCCGUACUUGACUGCCCUCGGGGACCUGCUUGGCACAGGGCUCCUGGCACUCAGCUUCCAUGUCCUGUGGCUCAUUGGGGACCGAGACACGGAUGUCGGGGACUAGCUUUGAUCACUCCACCCAUUGCCUCCUCCCUCUGCACUUUCUAUGUGAAUUUGUUUUUUCUUUGAUUCUCCUGUCCUUACUCCCCACACCACACUCCCACCUCUUUCUAGGACUUCACUUUGAUAUCAAAUUCUCAUUAUUUUCAAUGGGAAUUUUUAUACAUUGAGCCAAGUUUGGAUAGCGAGAAUUCAAAGGGAAGGGUAGAUGGACGGAGAUAAGCGUCCAAGGAGCUUUUUGAGACAAUCACCAAGUGCAAUUUCAUGGUGGGUACCUCCAGGUGAUAGGGGAUUGGGGCAGGGAGGGUUCUGUUUUUGAUCUGAGGUCAUUUGGUUUGCCUUUAGCAACUUCCUUCUUAACCCUAAUGAGAAACCAUUUGUGAGUAGGUUCUGGGCUUUUAUUUUUGGGGAUUUGUUUUUUUGUUGUUAUGGUUCUUUUCUUUCUUUUGCCUUUUAUGUUUUUGGUUGAACAGAAGGAUAAGUAACACUCCCUGCCACUCAAUCCACUUGUGUAGAAAUGGACCAACUUUAGAACACUGAGUCGGAAACAGUUGCUUCAGGCUCCCUGGAAUCCCUGCCCCCCUGGACCCAGCCCCUGCUGCUCUCAGAAGGAGUGAGGCAAGCAGACCGGUAGGUUUGUGCACAUGCUCCAGGCCUGACUGUCCAAGUGACGUCACAACCCCUCCCCUCCGAACAUUCUCCACUUGUGUGUCACCUCCAGAAAGAAAUGAGCAGUGUCCACCCCUACCCUGCUCAAGAUCCACAUCCCUGGGGGCGCAGAGGAUGGAAUCUGUAUCCCGUUCAGCCCUUACCCUCGACUCAUCUUUAAGCACUCCCUUGCCAC